AUGCCCUUAUCUCCUUCCUUCUUCCUCUCUCUCUCCUCCAUCUUCUUCCUCCUCCUCCUCCUCCCCUUCUCUCUCUCCUCUCCAUUCAAUACUUCUUUCUUCAUUGACUGUGGAAGUCCCGAAGGUUCCACGGACGCUUUCAACCGCACAUGGCUUCCUGAUCGGUUUUACUCCGGCGGAAACACCGCCGUCGUCUCCGAGCCUCUCCAUUUCCAUCUCGUCGCCGAGAAGACUGUCAGGUACUUCCCUCUCUCCUAUGGCAAGAAGAAUUGCUACGUCGUCCCUCUCCCUCCCGGUCGAUACUACAUCAGGACAUUCACCGUCUACGAUAACUACGACGGCAAGUCUCACUCCCCGUCAUUCGAUGUCUCCGUCGAAGGCACGCUCGUCUUCUCCUGGAGAUCUCCUUGGCUGGAGAAACUCCUCCGCGACGGCUCUUACUCCGAUCUGUUCGCCUUCGUCGGAGACGGGGAGCUUGAUUUGUGCUUCUACAGCAUCGCCACUGAUCCUCCGAUUGUAGGUUCGCUCGAAGUCGUACAAGUCGAUCCAUCUUCCUACGACGCCGACGGGACCGGUCAGAAUGUUCUCCUCGUUAACUACGGGAGGCUCGCGUGUGGGUCGGACCAGUGGGGGCCUGGCUUCACUAACCACACCGAUAGUUUCGGCCGGUCGUGGCAGUCGGACGAGGAUUUUCGAUCUGACGACUCGAGGUCGGCGGCUCGGUCGCUGUCGACGGAGGAGAAAAUCAAGGGAGUGGAGCAGCCGCCGAAUUAUUUCCCGAUGAAGCUUUAUCAGACGGCGGUGACGGUCUCCGGAAGCGGGUCGCUGGUCUACGAGCUGGAUGUUGACGCGAAGCUUGACUACUUGCUCUGGUUCCAUUUCUCGGAGAUUGAAUCGACGGUGAAGAAGGCUGGGGAAAGAGUGUUUGAUCUGGUGGUGAACGGGAACAAUGUGAGCAGGGUUGAUGUUUUCGGUGAGGUCGGAGCAUUUGCGGCUUAUAGCUUAAACUACACCGUCAAGAAUCUGAGCAGCACCACUGUGACGGUGAAGCUUUCCCCUGUUUCGGGGGCGCCCAUAAUUAGCGGGCUUGAGAAUUACGCCAUUGUUCCUGCUGAUAUGGCCACGGUGCCUGAACAAGUGACUGCUAUGAAAGCAUUGAAAGAUUCGCUACGUGUUCCUGACAGGAUGGGGUGGAAUGGUGAUCCAUGUGCUCCUACUAGCUGGGACGCUUGGGAAGGAGUCGCAUGCAGGCCAAACCCACAAGGAUCUGCUCUUGUGAUUUUUCAAAUAGACCUCGGAAGCCAAGGCUUAAAAGGAUUUAUCAGUGAGCAGAUUAGUCUGCUGACUGAUAUGAAUAGCUUGAACUUGAGUUCAAAUUCCUUAACUGGUCCACUACCUUCAGGUCUUGGUCAUAAAUCCCUUGUGAGUCUUGACUUGUCAAACAAUCAGCUCACGGGGCCUAUACCUGAAAGUCUGACCUUUUCAAGCUUAAAGCUCGUGCUUUUGAAUGGCAACGAGUUGCAAGGAAAGGUACCAGAGGAGGUUUAUUCAGUUGGUGUUCAUGGUGGAAUUAUCGAUCUCUCAGGAAACAAAGGCUUAUGCGGGGUUCCCACUCUUCCGUCGUGUCCACUGUUAUGGGAGAAUGGCCACUUAUCCAAAGGAGGCAAAAUAGCCAUAGCCAUAUCUUGUGUGGUGCUUUUCGUUCUGGUUCUCUUGGUCAUUUACUUGUGCUGCAUCUGGAGAGGAAGACAUGACUACGACUUUGCCCCACCUCACGAUCUUACAUCGCUUGCAGCAAAGAGAAACAGAUACCAGAGGCAGAAGUCGUUAAUGCUACUGGAAAUGGAGAGCCAACAUGCGAAAGGAAUGCCCACACUUCCCUUGAACUCGUAA